AUGUUCAUUGGGAGUGACACAGAGGACAGCGGUAACUACGAUGAUUUCAUGUACUCAGACGAUGAUGCUAUGAAUGGUGGUGAUGAUAUGGAGUUCGAGAGUGACAACGAAAUUGACAAUAAUGCUGAUACCACCGGAAGAAAUGAUCCUCAACAGAAUAAGCCUGAAUUGUCUUUAGACGAGCGGUAUAACCAACUGAUGGAAACAGUGGAUGUAUUAUUCGAAGCAAAUAAUUUUGUAUUGGCCCGUGAGAAGCUUUCUGAAUUCCCAAGAGAUGCAGCACUUGCAUCCAGAACAAUCUUUCAGGUACAGAUGAAGAUACUGGAAUCAUGGAUUCAGGAACUUAAAUCCUGUACAGCAUAUCCUUCCGCAAAGGAUAUUGGAGCUGCUUUAUCUGAGAGUGUGCUUGUAUUUUUUAUGUCUAAGGAUUUAAUCCAUGCCGAUGAAGUGCCUAGAAUCAUUGGAAUUAUAGAUGAUUUAGUAAUUGGUAAAGAAUUUUCAUCAAAAUGUGGUUUAUUAUUUAAUUUAACAACUGAGAGAAAGGAAGUUUUAAAAAAAUCUGUUGAAUUUUAUUCUUGUUUACUUUCAGAAUUGGAAAAUUUAUUACGUUUUGAAUCCACUCCGAAUUGGAUUGGUAGCAUAGUCUUCUUAUACAAGUAUAAAAUACAUUAUUUAACUGUGGUUAAGGCAAUCGUGGAAGAUAGUGACGUUCCUCAAAAGACCCUGACAUCUUUGCAAACAAUAUUGGAUCAUACUACUAAUUUAUUAUCUAUCAAUAGGCCAGGUAUUAUGCCUGAAUUAUUGGUCAAUGCAUUGCGAAUCAAAGUUGAGGCAAGUAUUUACCAGUUCAUUCGUAAAGGUGGGUCAUCUUCUGCCGAUUAUCGUGAGGGUGCUCAAGCCAACAUCUGGAAGCUCAAUGACCUUGUUACUCAAUCGGCGACAUUGAAGCAUGACCCGGAGCUUAGCAUAAUCGUCCAUACAGGUAGAGGGAUCAUAUACAUGCCACGAAGUGAACUAGACGAUGUGGAAUCAUCUGAAUAUGGUCCAGGGGAAAGUAAACUGGAUGGUUUCUUAGAAGGGACCAGGGACACUAAGAAUGUGUUUAGAAAAGCAUUAAUUAGAUUUGAAGAAAUCGGCUACGGAAGACUUGCUUCUUCUACUUCGCAACCUGAUUUACAGGACUAUCAUAAAUUAUUGAUUGCAUUCAUUGUUAUGUCAAGUAUGGUUUUGGUGAAAGAAGGUAAGACUGAUUAUGAUACAUCUACAUUUAAGGACACACCCGUUGUUGAUCCAUUUACGUUUGAAGAAAUUCGAAUUGUGGAAGACACCCCCUUUGUUCAGAUAUUGAAAGAAAUGUAUCAAGAUUGGAUGAAUUGUGAUGUAGAUGCCUUCUAUGAUAGUAUUAAUCAAUUAGGUCAAUUACAAGUCACACUAGGUUAUUUCAUCAAGAAGAUCUUACUCUUAAUACAAUCUACGAAACUCUGGACCAAAGUUGCACCAAACUAUGAUUGUUUAUCUAUUAAGGAUAUUUGUGAACAAUUGACAUAUGAUAAGAAUGCACCAAUGGCAAGAGAUGAACUAUUGACAUUAUUAAUGACCUCGAUUAUGAGAGGAGAGGCUGCUGUAUACUACAAGAUUGAUUUCCUCAAUGAUCUCGUUUAUUUCGGGGAUGAAUACAAGGUUCCUUUGACCGUAGGUUCUCAUUAUCAACCAUCUUUGCAAGGGAUGGACGAGUCGAAGAGUUAUGAAUUUGCUAAUGACGUUGCUGUGAAUUCUGUUGAGUCUAUUCAUUUUAAAGAAAGAAUCGAGGUCGCAGAGUUCUUUGACCAGUUGAAACAAACCCGUAUGGAGCAUACACACCUUCCUUCCACCGGGAGGACUGCGAUUGCACCAGACGUACCAGAGGCAUCUCACCAAGAGCUUAAGAAUACAUCUGCUCAAGGACAUCAGGCCAGAUUGCACGAACAAUUCAUGAAACUCGUUGGCAUGGCAGAAAAGAACAUCGACAAACUCGAAAAGAAAGCAGACUCCCAGCAACGGAUACCUACAUGA